UAGACCAGUCGUUAAUACCAGUAAAAGAAAUUGUAGGAACCUUUGCUUCACUUCCUACUUCCCAGUGCUCACAGAGCUAUAAAUUCUUCAUAAUAACAUCUCGAUUUUCAACAAUGCAUAGUGUUGACCUUAUUCUCUAAAGCUGAAACCCAAAACCUUCAUUCAACUCGUGAUUCGAAUUGUAUCCCUGAAAAUUUGUCGGUAGAGAAACGGGAUUUUUUCCCCCUUGUGAACGAAGAGGUCGUAAAUUGCUGCUUAGAAUGAGACGAAGACCGGCGGAUUUUCGCAGGCCGGUGAGGAGGCGGUUCCCGAAUGUGAUUUGGUGGGCGCUGUUAGGCAUUGCGGUUCUGCUGUUUAUUGUGAUUUUGAGCAAAGAUGGACAAAUAGAAUCUAGACCGGCUAUAGCUAAGAGAUCUUACAAGCAUGACAGAAUCAUUGAAGGGCUAAACAUUACUGAUGAAAUGUUGAGUGCCAACUCAGUCACCAGACAAAUUAGUGAUCAAAUUUCUCUUGCUAAAGCUUUUGUUGUGAUUGCAAAAGAAAGCAAUAACCUUCAUUUUGCUUGGGAAUUGAGUGCCCAGAUCCACAAUUCUCAGGUGCUUCUUUCAAGUGCUGCGACUAGACGAACUCCUUUGAUGACUUCUGAAUCGGAAACUGUGAUACGUGAUAUGGCACUUUUGCUUUACCAAGCCCAGCAAUUUCAUUAUGACAGUGCAACAAUAAUCAUGCGACUAAAAGCCAAGAUCCAAGCUCUUGAAGAGCAGAUGGGCUCUGUGACUGAGAAGAGUUCAAAGUAUGGACAAAUAGCUGCUGAAGAAGUCCCAAAAAGUCUAUACUGCCUUGGUGUUCGGUUAACAUCUAAAUGGUUUGGAAACCUCACUCUACAGAGAAAACUCAAUGAAAGAAAGCAAAUCAGCACAAAGCUUAAAGAUAACAGUCUCUAUCAUUUCUGUGUUUUCUCAGACAACAUCCUUGCAACUUCAGUUGUAGUCAAUUCAACAGCGUUGAAUUCCAAAAAUCCUGUGAGGGUUGUUUUUCAUCUUGUGACUGAUGAAAUAAACUAUGAAGCAAUGAAGGCCUGGUUUUCCAUGAACGAGUUUCAAGGAGUGACUAUUGAUGUUCAAAAGUUCGAGGACUUCAAAUGGCUGAAUGCUUCCUAUGUGCCAGUUCUUAAGCAACUCCAAGACUCUGAAACUCAGAGUUAUUACUUUUCUGGAAAUAAUGAUGGCAAUCGGACUCCAAUCAAAUUCCGAAACCCUAAAUAUCUGUCGAUGCUUAAUCACUUGAGGUUUUACAUUCCUGAAGUGUUUCCUGCGUUAAAGAAGGUGGUAUUUCUUGAUGAUGAUGUUGUUGUUCAGAGGGACCUUUCUGGUCUAUUUUCCAUUGAUUUGAAUGGCAAUGUCAAUGGAGCAGUGGAAACCUGCAUGGAAACAUUCCAUAGAUAUCAUAAGUACCUCAAUUACUCCCACCCUCUUAUACGAGAACAUUUUGAUCCUGAUGCAUGUGGUUGGGCAUUUGGAAUGAAUGUUUUUGAUUUGGUUGAGUGGAGGAAAAUAAAUGUAACGGGCAUAUACCAUCAUUGGCAGGAAAGGAAUGUAGACCGGACAUUGUGGAAACUUGGGACUCUGCCACCGGGACUAUUGACUUUCCACGGGUUGACAGAACCAUUGGACCCCUCAUGGCAUGUGUUGGGACUGGGCUAUACAAACGUUAAUCCUCAGUUGAUAGAAAAAGGGGCUGUUUUGCAUUUCAAUGGGAACUCAAAACCAUGGUUGAAGAUUGGUAUUGAGAAGUACAAACCUCUCUGGGAAAAGUAUGUUGAUUUUUCUCUUCCUUUACUGCAACAAUGCAAUUUUCAUUGAUUGUAUGACAGAAGUACCAUUUCGUCCAUGCAUCUAGGUGCAGGGGUGUAUUCAUGCUUUAUGAUUAAUAUGCUUGUACAAUUUUGUGAUAUCAAGCGGGUCACUUGCUGUAAAAUGGGUAUUUUCUGAUGGGUCUGUCGUAUAAAAUAUCGACUUACAUGAAUUACUGCAAGAUGAUAGCACAGUUUUUUAGUCAGUAAGCUGUUUAACCUACUAAUACAACUAUUCCCUUGAGCGUACUGGGUUGUAUCCAUUAUUUGGAUUCUGUGCUAGGUUUGAUUUCAAUGAGUUUGUUCUAGAAUCAGAGAAAUAAUAAGAGAUGUUAUUCUUUUGCUCUUC